AUGUUAAACGGUAAAAACAAUAGUGAUGGUUAUUUAGCUUAUAAAAGUAUACGUGAACAAAAAUUACGUCCUCGUACAAAUGAAUUUAAAAUGUUUGGUACAAUCGAAGAAUUCUUUGAAUAUUAUUUUAAAACAAAUAAAUAUUUGAAUAAAGAAAAUAUUUUACAAAUAUCAUUCUAUAAAUUAAUUUAUCGUUAUUUAAUUGAAUCUAACCGUUUAUUAGCUGUUGAUUUGUUUGAAAUAGGCUUACGUUGUACACAAGAUCAUUUAAAUUUCAGGAACAAAUUAUAUCCUAAACGCAAAUAUGAUAUAAAAAGUUUAGCGGGUCGAUGUGUUCGAUUAUAUACUGUUCUAUCUCUUUUUCUAACUGGCAUAAAAGGUCAAUUUAAAUCAAUAUUACCUUGA